CCUCUCGUCACGGAAGUCAGGUCAGAGCGGUCGACAUUUUCUUAGCAGCGUUAGCAUAAUACGAAGCUUUUUGCCAAUUUUAGGGACAACUUUGUUGUCCUCGCUGCUUGUUAAAUACUCCUGGCAGUAACAGCGGGUAAACAUGUGGUAUGAAAUCCUUCCCAGCCUCGGUAUUAUGACCGUGUGUCUAAUUAUUCCGGGGAUUGUGACUGCAAACGUCCACAAGUUCACCAACGGUGGAAAGGAGAAAAGGGUCGCCCGGAUUCCGUGGCAGUGGUACCUGAUGCAGAGAGACAGUAGGGUGUCAGGAACGGGUGAGCACUUCCAGUCCAAGGGACUGGAGAACAUUAAUUGAAGAGGAUCAUGCAGAGCCGAAACGUCGAUGUUGUAAAUUAAAUGUAUGAAAAAAAUUUUUCUUUUGAAAUCAGUUGUGAUUAAAUAAACUGUUCCACACUGGAA